AAACCCUCCGAUAAAGUGUAAUCGCCCAGACGUGUUUGCACCCCGGGGUUUGCACAAGUGACUCGACAGAAAAUCAACAGAAAGAUCAAGUUUUCUGGCCAAUUAAGCCCGUUGUCGGUACGUGUCUUCUACUGUGUUACAAAAAUGACAAGCAUGUCUCUCUUACAUCUUGCUUCAUUCCUGGUCGUAGCGAGUUUCCUUUCUCUAUCUUUGACAGUCGCCGACAUUAUAAAUGACGACCAGCAACCGGUCGUCAGAACAGCCAGGGCUACUAUUCGCGGUAAGCGGUUUGAGGUCAGCUCAAAAUUAUUACCUGGUUUUGAGCGAACGGUAGAUGUGUAUUCACGCAUUCCUUAUGCCGAUCCACCUGUUGGUGAUCUACGAUAUACACGGCCUGUUCCCAGGUCAAUAGAAGGAGACUUCGAAGCAACAAGAGAUCCUAUAGGAUGUGCUCAAGUUCUGAGCCCUUUCUUUGUCAUCGACAUCCCCUUUUCGGAGGACUGUCUUUAUCUAGAUGUAACUGUCCCUAAUCCAAAGCCUAAAAAUGGAGCUGUGAUGGUCUGGAUACAUGGUGGUGGUUAUCAUGUUGGAGCAGGGAGAAUGUCAGAAAAAGACACAUUGUUCUAUGCAGCCAGGGCUGAUGUUAUUCUUGUAACCAUGAAUUACCGUCUUGGCAUGCUUGGCUUUAUGACAACAGGGGAUGAUAACAUGCCUGCCAAUUUGGGACUUCUAGAUCAACGUCAAGCUUUAAUUUGGAUACAAGAAAAUAUUGCUGCAUUUGGUGGUGAUCCUAGUAGAGUAACAAUUUUUGGAGAAAGUGCUGGAUCUGGGAGCGUGAACCUCCAUCUUCUAUCAACCAUGAGUGCUGGGCUGUUUUCUGGUGCUAUUAUGCAGAGUGGUGCUUUGGCCAUGUGGACGCAUCACUCUGACAAGCAAACCACAGUUGAUAUGACCAAAGCCUUUGCAAUGGAAUUAGGAUGUGAUGUCUCUUCAUCUGUGGAAAUUGUGACAUGCCUCAGAGAAAAGUCAGUUGAAGACAUGCAAAACGUCCAAUCAAAUGUAACAAUGGAGAUUGCUCGUUACAUGGCUUCUCCUGUUCCUGAUGGAGAGUUCCUACUCAAAGAUCCUUACUUGUUGGCAGCAGAAGGUUCUUUCAACCCAGCAAACAUCAUGAUAGGCUGUCUUUCUGAGGAAGGUAAUAUUGCUACAAUGCCUGCCAUGUUCGGUCAAGACGGACCUGGAAAGGCGGUUGUUGAUGAAGAAGCUUACAGAGGAUACAUGACCAAUGUUAUGCAGAUGGCUGAUCCAAUAACACAGGAUAUUGCAGCAGUUGUUUUUGGCUCUGACAAAAUGUUUAGCACUCCUGCACCUGAUUAUGUUGAGGUGGCUUCUGGUAUUCUUGGAGACUCUAUGUUUGUAUGUCCAACAUUCACCCUGGCACAGCAGAUAGCUCAGGCAGGAAGGAAUGUCUUUACCUACUUUAUGACCCAUGAACCUAGUCACUCGAUGUGGGGGAAGAAUAUGACUGGAUAUGGAGCAACGCAUGGAGAAGACCUACAAUAUGUAUUUGGUAUUCCUUUCCUCUAUGAUGUUGAUGAAGAUAAAGAUUAUUACAUGGUAGGACGUUUGAAUGAAGAAGAGAUUGGACUUUCCUUACAGAUGAUCAGAUAUUGGUCAAACUUUGGCAAGACAGGUGAUCCCAACCUUUCCUCUGUUGAAUCUGAUGUAGUUCCGGAAGCUGAUUUUCCUGUUUGGCCAAAGUACACUACAACUGAAGCAGGAUACAAAGAGAUCACUGCUUCUUUUGAGAAUAGAUAUGGCAAUCCUAAUGUCAAGAGAUGCCAUUUCCUGGAAAGCAUACUGCCAAAACUUUUAGGAAAUGCAGCUGAGAUGGAGCGAUUGAAAUCACUGUUGGAAGAGCAGGUCAGUGAUGACAGUAAUAAAAGCUGUGAUGAUCCUGACUCAUGCCCAUAGACCUACCAUCUACCAAAGAUUUUUCUGCUAAGAUAAUGAUUAAAGUAUUAAAUGUAAUUUUAUGAACAAUAUAAGUAUUGUGCAAAUAUAUUCAAAUUAUUUUGCAAUAAUAUAGAACUAGGAAAUGAUCAAAAUGUAGUAAAUACUAUGUGUUUACUAGGUAUUGAGAGAUUCCUCAAUAUUAUUGACUUGAAAAGUCUUAUGAUUCAAGUCAUUUGUAGAUGUUAAAAAGUGUAUGAAUUUUUUACUUCUAAAUCAAUAUUUUCCAGUGCAUGUUUGACUUCAAUUAAGAUUGAAGUUGUCCACAGAUGGAUUGCAAUUUCAAUUGAAACAAAAUUCAAGUGAAUAAUAUUCAUUACUUAGAUGGGUAAAAUAAUGUAUGCUUGGUCAGUAUUAUUGUAAGCCAAAGCAUUGAGUAUUGAUUGCUGAGCUGCAGCUUCAUUUCUAAAUUAUCAAAGAUUUUCUCUAUAUGCUGAAUAUAUAAUUGUAAUCGCUUGUGAGCUUUAACUUGCUUGAGCAAAGAUUUUUUUUUCUACUGAAUAUAUUAUAAACAUUAAUGAGCUACAUAAAAUUGUUAUAAUAACAAAAUAAUCUUAAUUAUUCAAUCUGCUUCAUUCUGUGUGUGGAAAAUAUCUUUUUUAUUGUAAUUAAUGCCUUCGUCAGAUGUUAAAACUAGUGCACAAUAGCAUCAUCUUUGUAUUUGAUAUGUUAUUGAAAAGAGUGCCUUACUUUAUUAUUACAUUUUUUUUUACAUUUUGACUAUGAUUAUAGUAGACUAGUAUUAUGAGCCCAGAGCUGUCAAAUUUAUGUUCAGAGAGAGUUGACCAACUUUACAAUGAUGCCAAUUUACUUCAAAGUCAAAUCUUAUUAUGUCAUAACUUGCGUAUUUUAUAUCUGAUUUUGAUGAAAGUGUCAGUGUUAUGCCUGUUUGAUUGUGUUUUUUUUUGUCUCACCUGCAUAGCA